AUGAGAGGAAGGGGCAGAGGCAGGAGUACAAUAUUUUUUGAGUAACUGCUUCGACCAUGUCUAGAAAAUCAUGGAUUGAGGAAAACUUCUUCAAGAGAGAGUGUGUUAAGUUUAUCUCUUCUUCUCGUGACUUUCACAGAUGUGUUCCAGUGUGUCAAGUAUGUCUAAGCCUGAUCAGAUGCUGUUGUGGUCGCCUGAUGGGCGAGCACACUUCAGAGAAAUUUAUUCCGCCCAUAUCCCUAAACCCCAGGCCUGGCUCAGCUACAGACGAGGAGUGGUGCGUGAAGCGUCACUCCCGGGCCAUUCCCACUGAUGCCUAUGGGACAGUGGAUUUUGAAGACACUGCCACACGUGUCUGUCGGGCCAAGUAUCUGCGUUUGGCGGUGGACUCGAAGCAAGAGGCCAUUCUUCACCUCAUGUUGAAAGAGUGGCAGAUGGAGAGGCCCAAGUUGCUGCUGAGUGUCUACGGAGGCUCCAAGAACUUCUCCCUGAGUCCCAAAGUGGAGCAGGCAUUCAGCAAAGGCCUGAUGACAGCAGCUCUUAGUACAGGGGCGUGGAUACUCACCAAUGGCAUUAAUACAGGUGUGUCCAAGUAUGUCGGUGAGGCAGUGAAAAUGUAUGGAGGUCACGACUUGAGGAAGAGAAACACUGUUGGAAUCACACCAUGGGGAGUAAUUGACAACAGUGCAGACCUAAUUGGCCGAGAUGUGUUUAGGCCCUAUCAGCCACUUGGAAACCCUCUAGGUAAACGUGUCUGUCUAAAUGGUUUUCACUCACAUUUCCUGUUUGUGGAUGAUGGGACACUUGGAAAACAUGGCUGCCAACAAAGUCUGAGGAGAAAGCUAGAGAAACACAUCAAUUUCCUAAAGAUUCACCCGCGACUAAACUUCGGGGUACCUGUGGUGUGUGUGAUUUUGGAAGGGGGUCCUGCUGUAAUUUCCACUGUUUUGCACUACGUUAGCAGUGUCCCCCCAGUCCCAGUGUUUGUGUUUGAAGGAUCAGGCCGUGCUGCUGACCUGCUAGCCUUCUUACACAAGCAGACUGCUACUCACAAUGAACUGGAGGCUGAUAUUAAAGAUGACUUCCUCAUGAAGAUUGGACAGGUGUUUGCGGUUGAUCAGUCAGAGGCCUCUCAACUUUACUCACUGCUUCUGCAAUGUAUGGAUCACAGGCAGUGUAUAACAGUCUAUGACUCUGAAUCAGAAGACCAUGUUGGUCCAGAUGCUGCCAUUUUAACGGCCACAAUGAAGGGUACCAAGGCCAGCCCUGCAGAGCAGCUGAGUAUGGCCCUGGCCUGGGACAGGGCUGAUAUUGCACGGAAAGAUGUUUUGGUUUAUGGGCAUCAUUGGAAGGAGGGGUCAUUGGAGCAGACCAUGCUGGAUGCGCUGGUGAUGGACCGUGUCAGUUUUGUCAAACUCCUCAUUGAUUAUGGGAUGACAAUGAACCGCUUUCUCACUAUUGAUACCCUAGAGGAGCUCUACAACACACAUACCCAAGGGCAAAUAAAACGUUUUUUUCAUCAUCUUGUGGAAGAUGUGAAGCAAACUUCUUUGCCAUUGACAUACCGUCUCUCCAUCGUUGAUAUGGGCCUGGUAAUCGAGUAUUUGAUUGGAGGAGCUUAUCGCAGUUCCUACACCAGGAAACACUUCAGGGCUGCAUACAACCAUCUACGGAGCAAGGGGGCUCGGCAGGGCAGCUCAGCCUCACUGUUCAAACAACACCAGGGACAGGGACCACUUCAAACAAGAAGUUCUCAAAACCUUCAUUUCUUUAGAACUGCUCAGCCAUAUAAACACAAGGAGUCCGAUGUUUUACCGGGAUUCAGUCAAGAAAUUCCUCAUCCUCCUAUUCUUGGUAACAGUCCUCUGCUCAUUUCUUUUAACUUCAAUGACCUGUUUGUGUGGGCAGUACUGCAGCAGCGACAGCAGAUGGCACUGUUUCUCUGGCAACAUGGUGAAGAGGCCCUUGCACGUGCUACAGUGGCCUGCAAGCUCUACCGCUCCAUGGCCACAGAGGCACGGCUGAGCAGCAUGGAUGACAACAUUUCCGAACGUUUCAGGGCAUACUCACUGGAGUUUGGUCAGCUGGCUGUGGAUGUGUUAGACUGUGCAUUUCGUCAGAAUGAGCAGAUGGCCAUGAAGUUGCUGACAUCGGAGAUGGAGGGGUGGAGCCACUUCACCUGUCUGCAAAUGGCUGUCUCAUCUGGACACCGGCCGUUUGUGUCACACUCUUGCACCCAGACCCUCCUCACUGACCUCUGGACUGGCUCUCUCAACAUGCGCAAAAACUCUUUUCUCAAGAUAAUACUGAGUCUUCUUCUGCCGCCUUUUAUCCUGAUAUUGGAGUUUAAAAGCAAAGCUGAAAUGUGCCAUGUGCCACAGUCCCAUGAGGCCAUGUUGUUUGAGCACGACUCUGUGGAUUCUUUGGAGAUAAACAAGGGAGCAGAUGACAUGGGCAGUGAUGAUGUAGAGAGCUCUGUAUCUUUCCAUGACAGAUGUCUUGGUCCAUUUUCUGAAACAGUCUCCUCACUGUCUAACCAGUGCCUGUCCUGGGUCACGCGGAUUUACAAAUUUUACACCGCUCCUGUUGUCAAGUUCUGGUUUCACACUAUGUCAUAUUUGGCAUUUCUAAUGUUGUUCUCCUAUACUGUCCUGGUCAAAAUGAGUGACCAACCAAGUGUUCAGGAGUGGCUGGUUAUAGCAUUUGUGUUUUCUACUGUGCUGGAAAAAAUCAGAGAGGUGUUCAUGUCUGAGCCAAGGAAACUGAGUCAGAAGCUGAAGAUUUGGUUUUCUGAAUACUGGAACAUAUCCGAUUUCAUUGCCAUCAUCCUCUUUGUGUUUGGUUUUCUGCUGCGCUGGUACUCUGAGCCUUAUCUAACAGCUGGGCGCAUCUGCUAUUGCCUGGACAUCAUCUUCUGGUUUAUCCGAGUGAUGGAUCUCCUGGCUGUCAAUCAACAUGCAGGCCCUUACCUCACCAUGAUCACUAAAAUGACACGAAACAUGUUUUUCAUUGUUGUUAUCAUGGCGAUUGUGCUGCUGAGUUUUGGAGUGUCCAGAAAAUCCAUUCUAUCCCCAAACGAGGAACCGUCCUGGAGCCUGGCCCGGGACGUUGUGUUUCAGCCAUACUGGAUGAUCUAUGGAGAGGUCUACGCAGGAGAAGUUGAUACAUGUGCUGAUGGUAUGCCAUGUGCCCCUGCCUCCUUUCUUACCCCGUUCCUCCAGGCUGUCUACAUGUUUGUGCAAUACAUCAUCAUGGUCAACAUCCUCAUUGCAUUUUUCAACAACGUCUAUUUUGAUAUGGCUUCAACAUCAAACAAGCUAUGGAGGUACAAUCGUUACCGCUAUAUAAUGACAUAUCAAGACAGACCGUGGCUUCCUCCGCCACUUAUUUUUUUCAGUCACUUGGCUCUAGUUUUGAAGGCUGUCUAUAAGAGACUGAAAGGAGAUGCAGAGAAAGAAGAGAGGGGCUCUGGACUGAAGCUCUACUUGAGUUCUGAAUGUAGAAAAAAGCUGCAUGAAUUUGAAGAGAAAUGUGUUGAGGCAUAUUUUUUGGAGAAAAAGCGGGACCUCAGGGAUCAGACAGUUGCAAUCAAAGCCACAGCGGAGAGAGCAGAUGAGAUGGUCAUGACGGUUUGGGAUGUCUCAGAUAAGGUCCACUCCAUUCAGGACAGUUUAUCAGAGUUGGAUGUUCAGCUGGGACAACUGCAAGAUCUGUCUGCUCUGGCUGUGGACACUUUAACGUUGCUCUCUGCCUCAGACUGCCUGCAUCAGGAGGAGGCACGUUUAGGGCAGUGUCAGUCACUCACAUCAUCCUGCUUUGUCGUGCCCCACAGCUGCAGCCUGCCACAAACAAAUGACACAGACCUGCUCUACUAUAAAUCCUGUAAAAGCACACCAUCAUCACUGUUAAAGGACUGUAAUGUUGCAGCUGGACGGCGUAUUUCACUAGACUCUCAUGGAGGAGUGAGAGGAUGCAGAAGAGGACACACAAAUAGGGAGGUGUAUUCUCCUCUGGCUUACCCCAGCAGUAGUAGAGAAAGUGUUAAUCAUCCCAAGGAUCAAACUCCCAGUGAUUCCCAUGAACCAUCUACCAGCACAGCUCCACUGUCACCCAAUUUUUGUGACAGAGGAUUUGGGAGACUUUGGACUCAGGAAUCAAAUACCAAUCCUAAGGUAGAAGAAGACGAGCAAGAAACACAGGAUAAUGAUGAUUUCAAGUCUUCUAGCCAGGUUGAACUGUUAUGUGAGGAUAAAGACAUUUCAGAAGGCUUAAGCAAUCCAGCAUUCUGUUCUGGGAGUAGCCAUGCAAGUCCUCCGUCUUUACUCUCAAGUCAGUGGAAGUCUUCUGUCAAACACCUCAGAUGGUCUCGGCUGUCCCGGGACCACCCCUAUCAGUACUGUAGGUCUCUGUCUUCAAGUGUGGAGAACCUUACUUUCUCUGGAAAACUUCUAAAUCAAAAUCACAGCUCAAUCCCUCAUUUUGAUGAACCACUGAUGAAAGGCAAGAAGCUACAAGCCACUAGGGACAGGGGCUGGUCAAAGUCCUCAAAUUUUAUUGAGGACAUCGAGAGUAAAGGGCAAUCACACCACAAGAAGACAGUCAAGAUACAAGAAAGCCAUCCCCACACUGGCAUGCAAUCAGAAUUAUCUGAGGCAUGGUGGAGAAGACGGCAAAGAUAUAAAGGAGAAGGCAGGUGUUGGUCUGCUUCAGCGAGCCUCAGUCAACUCAAUAUCGAACCAAUGGAUUUCUUACAGAGGCAAAUGGUAAAUAUUGUGUAAAAGUCAUAUUUACAGACAUGUUUAGAAUACUUACAGUAACUUUGCCUCCAGGAUUUGUGGAGCCCCCCUCAUUCGACCUGGAACAGUUGGACCAAAUCUGUCAGGAGGUCUUCUGUUCAGGGUGCCAGUGCUAAUGAAGUUAGGACUUCUACAUUUCAGUCCAGUGAAAAUUUAUAUCCACAUUAUUCAGCGAUGGAAAGAAACAAUCUGAUGCGACUGGCUCAUGAUAUUCUUUUUACUCCGGUGUCUCUCAUUGGAGGUGAGGAGGUGAGCAUCUACUCUCUGAUGGAGGAGCCUUCUGGCUCUGCAGGCUCUUGCACAGUUUCAUCUUGGUCGUCCCAAGGCCUCUCUGCCAUUUUGCAGCCCCUGUCCAGUGAAGAGGGGUCUCUCUAUGGGGGUCUUCGUCAAGGCCGCAGAGUGCUGUGUACCUGGGCAGAGCAAGACGUUUUGAGGCCUGGACAGGUGUAUGUGGUCAAAGCAUUUCACCAAGAGGUUGUCCGCACCUGGCAAAAACACUUCCAUGGCAGCACUGCUCUACAGCUUUGUUUAAGAGAAAUCCAGCAACAAAGAGCUGCACAAAAGAUGAUUGAAGUUUUCAACCAGAUCAAACCUGAAAGUAUCAGCUACUCGCCACAGUUUUUAGAUGUUAUGCUUGUCCUCUGGCAUUCAAAUGGACAGUGGUUUACUAUUGAGAGAAACUUACCGGGUGUUUUCAGAAAGUUCAACAACAACACUGGAGAAGAGAUCAUGCCUAGAUGUUUUUUAGAAGAAUUUCUAUUGGCCUUUUCUCAUUGGACAUAUGAAUACUCUCGCAGAGAGAUGCUAGUGCUCGAUAUACAAGGAGUUGGUGAGGAACUGACAGAUCCAACAGUCAUCAUGGCAGAUAACCACAGCAGUGGCAGAGAUGAAAUGCUGUUUGGUGCAGAUAACCUUGGGCAGACGGCCAUCAGUGGCUUCCUUCAUAAACACUCAUGCAACACUUACUGCCGGACACUACGAUUGUCAGAUUUAAGGAGGCAUGCCACGGGCAGCACAGCAGAGUCGUAAUCAGCAAAUGAAGAAAACAGCAUCCCUGGACUGGGACCCAACCUUUGACCAAGAAUUAAGAGACGUAAGAAUCUCAUAGUCAAAAGUGCCCACUUAGUUACACAGUUAUUUGAAAAAUAUACUACAAAAUAAUUGAAUAAUAUGAGUUAUUGUCACUUUUGACACGUUUAUUCUAUAUAAAAAAUCUAAUACUUUAUGUAAAUCAGUUGAUUCUUUCCCUGUAAAUAAAAAAAAGCAUGCAUUGUAUUUAAAAAUGACUCAAAGCUGCACCCAUAAAAGUUUUUUUUUAUUUUUUCUUCCCACAACAAAAUGUCUACAAAAGCGAUAAAAUAUAGAAUUUAACAAAAAUCACUUCAGAUCUUCACAUUGUAUUUUAUCUCAAAGGAGGACCCGCAGGGCCCUGCAUAGCUCCGAACUUCAACCCAGCUAUUUUCUUAUUUAAAUCUGGAUCUUUUUGACUCUUACAUCACGCACAAACACACGCAAUUUGAUGCAAAAUUAAACAGUUAUGAAGUUACUUUUAGAGAGUUAUAGUUCAGAGUCCAGCAGAGUCCCUUCAAUGAAUAUAUAAAAAAAUGUUAAGUGUAUUUCCAAUACACCAUUUUCUUGGAGUUCCCCUUUUUUGAUUUUCAAGUAAAUGCACACAGUAAA